GAUUCAGGCCACAAGAUGGCAGACCCUCCAACGCGCACGGUGCCUAUACAUUAAAGAAAAUAUCCUUGUACUUAGUUUUAAUUUCAAUACUACCGUACCGGGUAUUUAUUGCGGAUUCUUUUCUUAGAAUUUUAUAGGUAUAGCUACACUUUAUAUUUAUUUGAAGUUGUCAUGGUUUGGACAAUAAAUAAACAUGUCAAUGCAGAAAUUGUAUUUUAUUUGGUGAAAGAUAAAAAUAAAAUAUUUAUAUUCAAUUCGAUUUCACAUGACUAGCAAUUGUAAUGAAUGAUAAAAAUUCCACUUCAGUUAAGACGUAACGAGUGUGGACAAGCUAGAUCUAUGUACCCGAGUCGCGAACGCUUUGAUAGUGGUAAAUACAAAAUUAUGAAGAUGUUUUUUAGUUAGUAGGUAACGGGAAGAAUAUAGUUUCCCGGCAAUACCGAAAUGGAAUCCUCGUCAGAACGAAAAAUCAUUUUUACAUGUAUGUUAGGAUGUUUAAUGCUGUUGCUAUUUUAUCAGGGGGAUUUUACCGGAAGUGCUUUACAGAUACAGGAUGUGCCAAGUUAUACUGACGCAACUGACGUAUUAAGUGCACAGAACGGGAUGAAAUAUAUAUUAGUAUGGACAAGCCCAAAUUCUGAAUCAAUCAAAAGUUGGGGUCAAGGACAAGGACAGUUUAUUAAACGUAAGUGUAAGGUCAACAGUUGCUACGUAACCCCAAACAGAUCGCUUUUACCGAGCACCUCACACUUCGAUGCAGUUGCAUUUCAUGGCCCUGAAAUAAUCAAAUACGUGCCAGGCCCAGCAGUACGGAGUCCUCAUCAAAAAUACGUGUUCGUCAAUGUUGAGUCAUCACAUAACUACCCGAUUUGUGACGAGAGAUAUGAUGGAUAUUUCAAUUGGACUUGGACGUACAGGUUGGAUUCUGAUGAAUCUUUCGGAUACGUAACUAUUAGAAACAUUACGGGCGACAUUAUUGGCCCGAAUAAAACUAUGAACUGGAUAAAACUGGAUUCCAUGCAACCAAUCGAUAAAGAGACAAAAAAGCUCUUGGAAAAAAAAAAUAAGACCGCUGCCUGGAUUGUUUCAAACUGCAACAGUUUAAGUAAAAGAGAAACAUUCGUAUUUAAGCUGCAACAUGAAUUAAAAAGAUACGGUUUGAGGAUCGACAUUUUCGGUGGAUGUACUAGGCCAUCAAAAAAAUGUCCAAGGUCUAGAACGAAAGGGCUAGAGUGCUUGAAGAUGGUUCAAGAGGAGUAUUAUUUUUAUCUCGCCUUUGAAAAUUCGUUUAGCGAAGACUACGUGACUCAGAAAUUGCUGACGGCGCUUCAGAAUUACGCGGUGCCGGUUGUAUUCGGAGACGCUAACUACACACGAUUCAUGCCAGAUGGAAUCUACUUGCACGCGGGUAAAAUAAAGCCGCCCGACUUAGCGAAAGAAAUGAAUGAUAUCAUAAAAGACAAAGACAAGUAUUACAGUUUCUUCAAGUGGCGUAAUCAUUAUUCUUACCAUAAAAAAGAAGAAUCGCCAGAUUCUGAUGCCCUGUGCAGAAUGUGCGAGAUGCUUCACGAUCAAACUCUUGUGAAGAAGGAAACUGUGUAUAAGGAUUUCAGAAUAUGGUGGAACAUUCUAGGUGCAUGUUCUUCGACCAGCAUGUUAAGCGUGUAUUCCAUAUUAACUUUUUGAACGCCAAGCACCCCUAAAGGUGUCGCAUGCAGGUGUUAUGGCAAACGCUGCCAAAGUAACCUUCACACUUUCGAGUAAGGUUUACAUUAGUGCGCUUGCACCCGGGAGCUUGGCGUUUGAGUGACAUUUGUGUUUAUGGCAUAAAGCGUUCAAAGGGUUAAGCUCUUCCAUAAAACGGUAGUUUUAAUAUGCAUAAACUGAUGACGAUGUAUUUAUUCAUGGAAAAUGUAUUAAAAUGUAAUUCGCUACAUGUGCAACACUAAGUGCCUAAUGUAACUUUUGAAACAAGCAGCUAUUUUUGUAAUAAAAAGGGUAAAAAAUACUUGUGCUAGCGUUAAAAGCGUUACAACCAGUUCCUACUCCAGGAAUAAACGAAUAAUAAUGAUCUAUAAAUUUAAAAUAGUAGGCAUGCAUUUAAUAUAUAUACUGAUAUUUUUGAUUAAA